CAUGUCCAACAUGGCCCAGCCAGCCCACUGCCUCCGCUCCACCUUUGGCCUCCGAUGCUGCCUUCUCCUCCUUCUGGCUUCUUGGGAGGGAGGUGCUUCUACAUUACCGAGCCUUCAGAAAACUCAUGAAUCCCCAACGUCUGAUUCCUUAUCCCCCCUCACUCCAGGCCUUGUUUAUAAGACUCCCCCUGACCACAGUGCUCUUGAUUCUGAACACAACCCUCCAGACCUCCCCAAACCUACAGAAAGCCAGAAGUCUAAACAGAAGUGCAAAACCACACGCCUUCCAAAGCCUACUCAUAAAUCAAUAGACAACCCCCAAACAGCAGACCACAAAAGCUCUAUGACUCAUCAUGAAGCUCUUCCCUCUUCUGAACAAAACCCCAGGAAUGAGAGAAAAGACUCAAAUGUCCGGAAUGAACGUGCUAUCAAUUCUACUGACUCCAAUAAUAGAACAGAAGGAUCUUCUAAUGCAACACAUACAACCCCAUCACCCAGGAGCAAAACAACUUGUCGCAGGUCCACCAGAAACCAAACCACAGCCACAAGAAACUCAGUCAAUACCAACACUGCUUCACACAAUAAAAGUAACACUCCACAGAGGACAAGUCCUUCCCACCAGUUAGCCACUUCAGGGGGCAACCAGAAAAUCACAACUUCCUCCAAAAAGGCAAACAUAAGCCCUUCUGAAGGGAAAAUAGUCCAUGAAAAUACUCCAUCGGCCAAUGAGAGGACCACAAGAUCUCCAAAAAACUCUACAGAACAUCCAGAAAAGACUGCAUCAGCCAACAAGGUCACACCAGUCCCAGCAAAGUCUACAGGGUACCCAGGAAAGACUGCAUCGGCCAAUGAGAAGACCACAAGGGCUCCAAAAAACUCUACAGAACAUCCAGAAAAGACUGCAUCAGCCAACAAGGUCACACCAGCCCCAGCAAAGUCUACAGGGUACCCAGGAAAGACUGCAUUGGCCAAUGAGAAGACCACAAGGGCUCCAAAAAACUCUACGGAACAUCCAGAAAAGACCGCAUCAGCCAACAAGGUCACACCAGCCCCAGCAAAGUCUACAGGACAUCCAGGAAAGACUGCAUUGGCCAAUGAGAAGACCACAAGGGCUCCAAAAAACUCUACAGAACAUCCAGAAAAGACCGCAUCAGCCAACAAGGUCACACCAGCCCCAGCAAACUCUACAGGACACCCAGGAAAGACUGCAUUGGCCAAUGAGAAGACCAAAGUAACUCCGAAAAACUCUACAGAACAUCCAGAAAAGACCACAUCAGCCAACAAGGUCACACCAGCCCCAGCAAAGUCUACAGGGUACCCAGGAAAGGCUGCAUCGGCCAAUGAGAAGACCACAAGGGCUCCAAAAAACUCUACGGAACAUCUAGAAAAGACCACAUCUGCCAACAAGUUCACAUCAGCCCCAGCAAAGUCUACAGGGCACCCAGGAAAGACUAUAUCGGCCAGUGGGAAAACCACAAGAGCUCCAAAAUUGUCUACAGAACAUGCAGAAAAGACAUCGACCAAUAAUAAGAUCUCAAGAGCUACAGCAACGCCUAUAGAACACCCAGAAAGGACCAGAAGGGCUGAUGAGAAAGCCAUAUCAGUCUCAGCAAAGUCCACAGGACAAUCAAAGAAGACCACACUGGUCACCAAGACUGUAAAAACCCCAGUAAAGUCAACAGAAAACCCAGAAAAGACCACAACAACCACAGAGACUAUAAGACCACCAGCCAAGGCCACAAAAGACAAAUCAAUUACGACCACCUGUCCACCUCCCCAUAAAACUGAGGUUACUAGCCAGGUGCCCUUUGGUUCUUUUACAGUUACUACACCAGGCAACAAGAGCCAUCCACCCCAGAAUAAAGAUGGCUCAACAGAAGGUCUUGGUGCUGAAGAGAAAGGGAGUAAUGAUUCAUUCCCAGCUUGGGCCAUAGUCAUUGUGGUCCUGGUGGCUGUGAUUCUUCUCCUGGUGUUCCUUGGCCUGAUCUUACUGGUCUUCUACAUGACUCGAGCAAGCCAUCCCCUGACCAAGAACACUGCAGAAGAUGAGCCAGAGGAGGAUGGGGAUCCCAAUUCCUACCCAGUCUACCUGAUGGAGCAGCAGACUCUGGGCACGGGCCAGAUAGCUUCCCCAAGAUGAUCUCUUGGAAGUCACUUACCCCCAGCUCUUCCAUGACCUACCCCUUUCCUGUGUGGGGAGAUAGACCCACAGUUCCUAUUUUCUGGACUUCAGGAGGGGCAAAGAGUACUGACAGUUAACAGAUUAACCCUCCAUCUGCUGUAUUCUUAUUGAAACUGGUUGGAUGACGAGGCAAUAAUGAAGAAGGAUGUGACUGUGGGGGAUAGAGAAGAAAAAAUGAAUAACACAAGCAAGUAUUCUGCAGAGGUGAUGAUCUGAGAAUGAAAAGGUGUUUGAUGGACAAUGCGGGGUGGGGAUCAACAGAAGACACGGUCCUGAGCGGGGCAUGGCUCAGGGAAGCACAGGGCCCUUAGGGUGCAAUGUUCUGGAUCUGACUUGGAAAUGGGGGGUACGGAAGGUGGGGAGACUGAGGACCACGCCCCAGAGUUUCAGGACUGAUCCAUCCACUAUUACUUAGGGUUUGUGUGUAAACAGGCUUGUGUCUGAGUUUCCAGGGCCCUUGGCUCUCUUUUUAAAAAAGAUGAAAAAAUAGCAUCUAGACAAAAAGAGAUUGAUUUCUUUUUCCAUCGUCUUGGUGCCCUGCAGAAUGGAAAAUUCCAGAAAAGAUCAUAAACAUCUCUCACCUAGAUGGUUCCUCCCUCUUCCUUCCCAAACUCUUAGUUUUUCCAGGUGUCUACAGCAGGCAUCCUUUUGGGUUGGCUUGCCGGGUUGUCAUGGGCAUGCAGGGAGGGGAUUUUUGUUUUGUCUGAUCCUCAUUCCCAGACCUUCCCUCAUGAUGUUCCCCAUUCAACAUUUUUUUCCAGGAUCUUCCACCAAAAGCCGAUCCUGAAUUCCCCUUGUAGAAUUUACCCAUCUUCUCUAUUGUCCCUAAAUUUUUCCUCUUUCCCAACAACACUUUCAUAUAAGAUUCAGAUUUUCCCCCGUUCUAGGCAUUUCAUUUUUGUGUUUUCUGGAUCUUCUCUCCAACUUAUCGCAGCCCUUUCACCUAUUGCUGACUGAGCAGAGAGGGAAGGGGAGGGUCAACAGAUGACAGAUGGUGGCAGCAGACAUAUGUACUUCCUUCUAACUACUGGUCUUUUAAUAAUAAAAUGUGUAAUAUUUAUAAUGUAAGGACAUGAUAGCUAAUAGACUAUCAGGCCAGAGAAAGUCCUGACUGGUGUUCCUGGCUGUGGCCAUGACAUUAUGGAUGACCCUCAGCAGGAGAAGCUGGAGGACAGGAGUAGAGUUUUUUGGGGGUUGAGAAAGGGGAGGCUGAAUUUCUACUGCUCCUAAAAUAGCUCACUUCUGGGUUUAAAGAAGAGCCAGCCUCAGUUCAUACAGGGCUAAUUUUCAUGCUGUUAGAGGGAGGGGGAAAAUAUGUCAAUUA